CCCGCCGCACACAAGCUAGCUUCCCGCGUCUAGCCCGCUCUGAUAGCCUGCAAACACACGACCGCAUCCGAGUCUUGACCACAUACCUCUCUUGACCCGAUUGCGCUGAGGAAUUUCUGGCGACACAGCUGGCCGCAUCGAAGCUCUCUUACACACGUUACCUGUCCUACGCCGCCCAUACGCCCCCACAAUGACUGGCGAAGCUUGGUUGUACUUGUUGGCGGUGCUGAUAAAUGCCGUCAACCUGUUCCUCCAGGUGUUCUUUACGAUCAUGUACAGCGAUUUAGAAUGCGACUACAUUAACCCAAUCGACCUCUGUAACCGCCUGAACACCUACAUCAUCCCCGAGGCCGCCGUCCACGCUUUCCUGACCUUCCUUUUCCUGAUCAACGGAUACUGGAUCGCGCUCAUUCUGAACCUGCCCCUGUUGGCUUGGAACGGCAAGAAGAUCUUUGAGAACCAGCACCUUCUGGAUGCGACAGAGAUCUUCAGGAAGCUCAAUGUGCACAAGAAGGAAUCCUUCAUUAAGCUGGGCUUCCAUCUGCUCAUGUUCUUCUUCUACCUCUACAGCAUGAUCGUUGCCCUCAUCCGCGACGAGUCUCACUAGUCUUGGCUUCUGGUCGCAUCGAUUUGCAGGUUACUUGUGCUGGGAGCAGGCGUAAGAACCGUAGAGGAGCAAAAGCGGGUACCGUUACGAAUUGAGGAUUGGUAGGCACUUAUAUCCGGCUCGGUCAUUGGAGCCACACGCAUACGCACAUUGCUAGAGGAUUGAUUGUAAGGAUAUGUUGGGUCAUGCGAAGGUAUUGGGUGGGACUGCAGGUUUGGGUUGAGGAGGCAGAAAUAGUAGAACGUAUUAUUGGACGACUUUACGGUCUGAUGGGCUACGAUAGCGUUGUUGUCGUCUGUAAAUGGACUUAUUCACAUGAACUGGUGUUCCAUGUUGCACAUAUCGGUCUUGGCGCGCUAAGAUCUCUCAUGAACUUUACUUUAGUACGUCGUCAGAACAACCACU